CGCUCAGAGCUGGCCGGGGCCGCGGGGCCGCCGGGCCGGGUGGCGGAGCAGGCGCAGCCGCAGCCGCCGCGCUCCCCGAGAGCCGUCGCGAUGUCGUCCGUUGCCUCGUACGAGAGCCUGGUGCACGCCGUGUCCGGGGCCGUGGGCAGUAUGACUGCAAUGACUGUAUUUUUUCCUUUGGAUACAGCUAGGCUUAGACUUCAGGUUGAUGAGAAGCGGAAAUCAAAGACAACACCGGCAGUCCUUUUGGAAAUAAUCAAAGAAGAAGGCCUGUUGGCACCGUAUCGAGGAUGGUUCCCUGUUAUCUCCAGCCUUUGCUGCUCCAAUUUUGUUUAUUUUUAUACAUUUAAUAGUCUUAAAACCCUCUGGGUCAAAGGUCAGCAUUCAACCACUGGAAAAGACUUGGUUCUUGGGGUAGUUGCAGGGGUAGUGAAUGUACUCUUGACCACCCCUCUCUGGGUAGUGAACACACGCCUGAAGCUGCAAGGAGCAAAAUUCAGAAAUGAGGACAUUGUACCAACCAAUUACAGAGGCAUAAUAGAUGCCUUUCAUCAGAUAAUAAGAGAUGAAGGAGUAUUAGCUCUGUGGAAUGGUACUUUCCCUUCCUUGCUGCUGGUCUUCAAUCCUGCCAUACAAUUCAUGUUUUAUGAAGGCUUUAAACGAAAGCUUUUGAAAAAACAGCUGCAACUCACGUCUUUGGAUGCUUUUGUGAUUGGUGCAAUAGCCAAAGCAGUUGCCACCACUCUCACUUAUCCUCUGCAGACAGUACAGUCAAUUCUGCGGUUUGGACGCCACAGGUUGAACCCAGAGAACAGAACACUGGGCAGUCUUAGAAAUGUUCUUUACCUUCUUCAACAGAGAGUGAGGCGUUUUGGGUUAGUGGGACUCUACAAAGGCCUUGAAGCAAAGCUCCUGCAGACAGUCCUUACUGCUGCUCUUAUGUUUCUAGUGUAUGAGAAACUGACUGCUGCAACCUUCACAGUCAUGGGAUUAAAGCACUCACGCAGACAUUGAAAAGGGACCUAUGCCAAAGAUUAUGGGGUCUAGAAAACACAUUCCAUUUCUGAGACCUGGCUGGGUAACACAGGGUCCUCACUUUCUCUGCUCUUUUUAGCCAACUUUAUCUCCAGUAUUUGGAGAAAUCUGGAAUAUGCUCUAUAGGACCUGUUGCCACAAAUUCAGGGAUAGCCCAUUCCCUAUUGUUCUGUGGACUCACUAUGUUAAGGAACAAACCAGAGACCUUAUUUAAGCAUUUGACAUGAAAUUUGAACUAUUGUGUGAUUUGGUUGAUAUUCUUGGCAAGAAUAAUUAUCUCUUACUAUGCUCUCUUGUUUGCCCUCAAAUCAUCCUCAACUACUGUAUUUUUACCUUCUGUCAGCAGCUGAUGGGGCUAGUUUUAUGUUAUUUUCCUUGACUUGUAUUUGUCACUUCAUAUUUGGUUCAUUAAAAUAAUUCAUAAGGAAUAACAUUUUUGGUAUGGUUUUCCUUUACUUUCAAGUAUGUUUGUGGCACAGGAUGUGAUGUUGCCCAAAAUACCUGGUGGUGAGGUCUCUGAACUGCUGGAAUGGAUAUUACAAGUGAAUGGGUAUUCUGUCUUCUUGAAUCCAGCUAUUCUGAAUCUUGAAAAUUUUGAAUGCAGAUACUAGCUAGAAGGAGAAACAUAACCUCUUGCUUUUUGAAGCGAGUACCUCAAGCUGCCUCAAGAAAGUGGGCUUGAUACACAGAAAUACAUGAAGUUUUGUAACCCCAUUCUUGUGAGAAUAUGUGAAUUCAGACUAUGUUCUUGUGCAGACAGGGCACUGCCCUAAAUUUCAGAAGUCCUAUGCCCUCUCAAAAAUGUGCUUUGUCUACUUUUCCACUGAUAUUCCUACAACAUAAAGCCUAAAACUCAUAACUGUUGUCCCAGUUAAUGUGCAUAUUAAUGUUCUUUUUGGAUAAUUUUGGUCAGUAUUCCUAGACCAUAAAAUCCAAACUUAAUCCUGCUCUGUCCAUUGUUAAGAUGGCAGUAGGAUUGUUCUGAAGAGCAGUUUUCUCUUGGAAGUAUUGAAAAAUUUCAUGUCACUUUAACACUAAAAUGUCUGGGAGAAUACUUAAGUGCUGCAGGAAAUAUAUUACAAAAUUGCAAAAUGGCACCUGUCUUUGGAGUCUCAAUUGAGACAAUUUUAAGUAUGAAAUUGUAAAACAGUUCAGAUGAUGUCUUUUGAAUAAAA